AUGCGUAAAGAGGUCAUGGCGAAACGUCGGUUUAGAAAACAUGAAAACUCUGAUGGUCAGCUACGCUCUCGUGCUAGUGGUAGUGCGGCCAAUGGGAACCCUCGGAAACCAGUGUUGAUAGCGGGGGCGCGGGAUAUGAAAGUGGUAUUGUUAGGUGGUGAAGUACGGGUGUCUGUGCUCUCGACGAGCGGCACGUGCUCCGACUUCAACUUUUUGUUCGUUCGUGCUCAUGCUAGUGUCCUGUUAGUAAUGACAAACCAACCCGGAAAAGUGAAUGAAGUUCCUACUCAUAAAGAGGUCUUGGCGAAGCUACGGUUCAACAAACACAAAAACUUUGGUGAUCAGUUACCUUCGCAAACGUCUCGUUGUGUCGGUGGAACAGUAGAUUCGAACUCGCAGGGGCUCAUUUCGGCUGCUGUGAAUGCUCAAGGUAUGCCUUCAACUGGUGGCGACGUGAAGCCCAAUCUUCGAAAGUCGCUGAAUUCUGGGUCCGCAGUUAGGCAGGUGGAUAACGCGCACUUGGGGAGACCCCUAUCGCCUGUUGAUGUUCACGGCAGAUCGGGCCCGUCACGAAUUGUUCCUAGAACCAACGAACCUCGUAAUCCACCACAUACCGACAAAGCAGUCCAUCUGGACUCACAGCCUUCCGUCAGCCUCGCAGUGGAGUUGGAGAGAAUGCAAGUUUUGGGCAGUGAAUUGCUUCGGAAUGAUGCACAGACCUCUGUUGAUACUGUGUCACCCUCAGCAAAUUCUCCCAAGAAACGACCUCGAAAACAAAAGGGCGCUCCUGCGGACGACGUAGCCCUUGCGAGACUCAGACCUAGACAUUCUCAUAACUUGGGCGAUAUCGGGGGGCGCGAUGUUAUCAUGUCCUCUCACGAGGAGGCCUAUGUUGGAUCAAGUAGCUCGCAGAUCAGUGUGCAAGGUGAAGGCGAGACAUCAGAAAUUGGAAAAUCGGAUCCAGGGCAAAUGAAUGACACAAACUUGGAGAUAACCAUUCCACAAAAUGUAAACAAUCCAGACGUAGACCAUCCUCGUAAAGAGAAGAUGCUUUACGUAAAAAGGAACCAGAGCCGCUUCAACUGGUAUCAGCUCAACCACAACCAAGCACGGCCACAGAAAGCACCUUUGCGAAGAAGGAGCAAAGGGGGAAGGGUCGAGCGCUUGCGGAACCUAUGA